UCUACUGAUUAGUCUGAGGCCGGUAACAUCAACAGUGAGGACAAAUCCAGCCUGCCUCUCUCCUUCCACACCGAGUCCAAACCUACAGUCACUGUGUCCUGAUUGUGACAGUGGAGCCCAGUUUGCACUGCAGGAUCCAGAGAUGGCAUCAGUGAAGCUGGAAGACUGCAGUCAAACACUGGAGCUGAAUGUCAACAUUAAAGAUGAAGAAGAGGAGGAGGAGAUUGGGAAAUCUGUUAGUCAUGACUCAGGUAUGAGGUCGGUAACAUCAACAGUGAGGACAAACCCAGCCUGCCUCUCUCCUUCCACACUGAGUAGAAACCUACAGUCACUGGGUCCUGAUUGUGACAGUGGAGCCCAGUUUUCACUGCAGGAUCCAUCAGUGAAGCUGGAAGACUGCAGUCAAACACUGGAGCUGAAUGUCAACAUUAAAGAUGAAGAAGAGGAGGAGAAGAUUGGGAAAUCUGUUUCUCAUGGACGACUAGAAUUAAGUCUGAGGCCGGUAACAUCAAUAGUGAGGACAAACCCAGCCUGCCUCUCUCCUUCCACACUGAAUCCAAACCUACAGUCACUGGGUCCUGAUAAUGACAGUGGAGGCCAGUUUUUACAGCAGGGUCCAGAGAUGACAUCAGUGAAGCUGGAAGACUGCAGUCAAACACUGGAGCUGAAUGUCAACAUUAAAGAUGAAGAAGAGGAGGAGAAGAUUGGGACAUCUGUUUCUCAUGGAGACCAUGUUGAGACAUUCUCUACAUCCAGAGAGCAAAAGCAGGAAGAUCACAGAGCUAAGAGGUCUCACCCCUGCCCACAUUGUGAGAAGAGUUUCCUAUUUCUAUCAAAAAUAAAAAUACACCUAAGAAUACACACUGGAGAGAAGCCUUUCUCCUGUUCUGACUGUGUAAAAUGCUUCACAACAUCAACUGAGCUAAAGGUUCAUCAAAGAACACACACAGGAGAGAAGCCUUACUCCUGCUCUGACUGUGGAAAUAGUUUCUCUCGACUGGGCCACUUAAAAACACACAAACAAAAACAUACAGGAGAGAAGCCUUACUCCUGCUUUGACUGUGGAAAGAGUUUCUCUCGACCGAGCCAAUUAAAAAUUCACCAAUACAUACAUACGGGAGAGAAGCCUUACUCCUGCUCUGACUGUGGAAAGAGUUUCUCUCGACCGGGCCACUUAAAAACACACGAACAAAAACAUACAGGAGAGAAGCCGUACUCCUGCUCUGACUGUGGAAAAUGCUUCCCAACAUCAACUAGGUUAAAAUUUCAUCAGAGAACACACACAGGAGAGAAGCCUUACAUCUGCUCUGACUGUGCAGCGAGUUUCUCUGUACUGUGCAACUUAAAGCAACAUGAAAGUAUACACACAGGGGAGAAGCCUUACUCCUGCUCUGACUGUGCAGCGAGUUUCUCUUUACUGUGCAACUUAAAGCGACAUGAACGUAUACACACAGGAGAGAAGCCUUAUCACUGCACUGACUGUGAGAAGAGAUUCUACAGAUUGGGCCAUUUAAAAAUACACCAAUGUACACAUAAAGGAGAGAAGCCUCAUCAGUUCUCUCAAUCCAGCUGAGAUUGGACUUCAUUCUCAUGUCAUUAAAUAAUUGGCAAGGAUGAAUUGGAUCAAAUGAAGAAAGCGUAGAACACUCUUUUGUAAUCCUAUAGUUUCUCACUGUGAGAGAACUGUGCAGAAGAAAGGGAGAGUAAUAGAAUGUUAGCCUCUCUUUACUUUACUGAUCAGUGUGCACCUUGUCAGUUUUGGUGAGUUUUGUUAGUUUCUACUGUAAAGAUAUUGAGAUUAAUUUACGGUUGAAUAUCCUCUGUGAGACGUCUCACACUGGAUUCUGAUGGUUGACUGGGUGGUACUGCUUCCCUCUGCAGGUUUCUGUGGGAAUGAGCUAGUAGACACAACAUACUCUGAGUGUACCAAACAUUAACGACACCUGCUCUUUUCAUGACAUAAACUGACCAGGGGAAUGAUGAUCGCUAUGAUCGUUAAUAAGGUAGUUUUUGUGGAUUUAUUAUGGAUUCCCAUUUAGCUUUCAGCAAAAAACAAGAAACUGCAGUUGUAGUGGGCCAAGGAAUGAAAACACUGGACACUGGAAAGUUGGAAACAUACUGCCUGGUCUGAUGAAUCCCUGUUCCUGCUGUUUCAUGCUGAUGGGAGGACUGGGGGAGGAAACCACGAGGACAUACAUCCAGUGGUGGAAAAAGUACCUAACUGUCAGACUGAGUGAAAGUUAUGAAACCUUAAUAGAAAAUUACUCAAGUGAAAGUCACCCAUUAAAAUACUACUUGAGUAAAAGUAUUUGGUUGUAAAUAUACUUAAGUAUCAAAAGUAAAAGUAUUAAUCAUUUCAAAUUCCUGAAAUUAAGCAACCCAGAUGGCACAUUUGUAUCAUUUUUUAAAA